CAUUCUCCAGUCGCUAUUCUGUCUGGAAUGCUUCACUGCAGACAUGCAGAAUCAAGACAUCAUUCCACUCAUGCAGAAAUCAAGUCUCUACUGACAAUCGAUUGUCUGGCGCCGUCGUAAGGGCAGGCACAGAGAGUGACAUUUUCAGCAAUGCAGCGUGUGGGGUACCAGUGACAUCAGACCAAGCGUCGAUCCUUUGGGGACACAUACAGAUUGUGUGCGACCCGCCCGUGAUUGCCAGGUACGUCAGUGUGGACGACGAUGAUCAUAUGUAUGGUCAAGACAACGGUCACAAUGUCCUAAAUCUGUGCGAGGUGAUAGUUGAUGAGUACCCCAUGGAAGCCUGCCUUCAAAUGACAACCAUUGGUAUGUCUACAGCUGCAAUGAUCGUGGACGCUUCGUUCUCCAUCACCUGCAUGUCCACAUUGAUGUUCGUGGGAAAACAUAUCACCGACGCACGCCCUCUGUCGGUCGUUCACAUGAAGUCGCCCAUGCAAUGUUUCAUGCGUUGUAAGAUGAAUAACGGGUGUUGGUCUUUCGACUACGUCAUGACUUCCGGUCAGUGCAGGCUCUACGAUGUAAAGCCUGGAGACUUGACGGCAGAGGAUCAGCCUGGCUGCUUGGUGUACACAGUAGUCCGUGGCUAGACCAGAACUGCAAUAUUAUUCGCGCUCGAUGUAUUGCAAACUCGUAUUUAUUCUUAUUAAAAAUCUUUAAAUCUAUACAUUACCUAAACGGAGUUCUUCAGAAAUACUUUCUUCAGAAAUAAUUUGAGUUCUUCAGAAAUAAUUUGAGUUCUUUAUUUAUUGCGCUCGAAACAAUGACACAAAAAUGACGCACGAAAUAAACGGCUCCUUUUAGUACAAAAUUAUUUUGUUUCGUUGGCACAAAAAAAGAGAACUAAACUUUUUCUUUGAAGGUGAGCUUUGUUUUCAUCUUUUGUUGUCUCUUUACCAGCAGCGGUAUUAAAUACCAUAACUGGUAAAUACGUUUUACAUGCUAAAAUAAUUUUCGUCUCAAUGAAAUUGAUUUUUUCUUCUUC